GACGCCCGGGACCGGCGGAAUUUUGGAAGGUCGAGAGCGACGCACGAGCGCGCGCGCGCGCGCACGCACGCACGAGCCGGGUGUUGGGAGGAGCCGAAGCCAUCCCCCUGUGGCCCCUCCCCCUCCUUAAAGAACCAACCCGUCGUCCUCGCGAGCCUCAUUAGUGGCGGCGCCUCGAAUGCCUGGUGGCGCUGUUGGAUAGCGAGCGCGGCUCGGUCUUCCCCAGCUCCUCCCUCAACCGGCCCUGCGCCUGGAUGCGGCCGGGCUCGCCGCCUUCCUUCGCUUCGCCCUCACGCCGCAGCCGCCGCUGCUAGCCUAGCCGGAGUCUCCGGGAGGAGCCGGGCGGCGCUACGAUGUUUGACAAGACGCGGCUCCCCUAUGUGGUGCUGGAUGUGAUCUGUGUGAUGUUGGCUGGCUUACCUCUUGGUGUUCUAAACUUGGCAAAAAUAAAGCCUUAUCAGAGAGGCUUUUUCUGUCGUGAUGACAGCAUCAAGUAUCCGUUCCAUGACAGUACCGUCACAUCCACUGUUCUCUACACAGUGGGGUUCACCUUGCCCAUUUGUUCUAUAAUCAUAGGAGAAGCUCUUUCUGUGUAUUACAACCGUUUGCACUCCAACUCAUUUAUCCGAAACAACUAUAUUGCCACUAUUUACAAAGCCAUUGGGACAUUCAUUUUUGGCGCAGCUGUUAGCCAGUCUCUGACAGACAUUGCCAAAUACUCGAUAGGCAGACUGAGACCUCACUUUGUUGCUAUAUGUAACCCAGACUGGCGGCAGAUCAACUGCAGUUCAGGUUACGUUGAGAACUUUCACUGCCUUGGAGACAAUGUCAAGGUUAACGAGGGACGAUUGUCUUUUUACUCUGGACAUUCUUCGUUCUCCAUGUAUUGCAUGCUGUUCCUUGCACUUUAUCUCCAGGCCAGAAUGAAAGGUGACUGGGCAAGACUUCUUCGUCCUACAGUACAGUUUGGCCUUAUCGCAGCAUCGAUCUAUGUGGGCCUCUCCCGUGUUUCUGACUACAAGCAUCACUGGAGCGAUGUACUGACUGGGCUUAUUCAGGGAGCCGUGGUAGCUGUUCUUAUCGUUGCGUAUGUAUCAGAUUUCUUCAAAGUGAGAGGUCAUACCUUUAAACAGAAGGAGGAGGAAGAUUCGCACACAACUUUACAUGAGACGCCUACCAAUGGAAAUCACUUUGGCAGUAAUCACCAGCCAUGACCAACUGAAGUCCUACUACCCUGUGGAAUCUCCUGCUCUCCAAAAGGAAAGUUUUGCAAGUCUUCCUGGCCGAUGUAAAAAAAUAAAUUAAAAAUGCCUUUUGAAGGGACUGCUGCUGCUAUACCUCUCAGAUGCUCACUUUACAUGUAUAUAGUAACAUUUAAGACCUAUGUAUCCAAAAACUUCAUUUCUGUUGGUUCAAGCUCGUGCUUUAAAGACGCAUUAUUUAGGCUAUUUUUUUUAAUUAAAAUAAUGUGGUAACAUUUAUGUACAAAACAGCAGUGGUGUAUGUAAUACGCUCUGCUGGCAUGUUGCUAAUGGUGAACACAUACAACACAUUAAUAACACUUUAAAGCAUCUGUCUUUCUGGGGAACAGGGAGGAGUGGCAGGCGUUGCAGUUGAACUAUUAUGUUUCCAGGGGAUCAUUUAGUGGAGUCUCCAUAGCUGAACAGAUGGGCAGUGCCUGUUCCACAACAUCCCUGGACUUCUUAUAGGUAAAGACUUGCAGCAAACACAAUGUCUCUUUUGAUUUUAGUAAUACCUGUUAAGGAGAAGGGAAAAAAAUUAUCAGUAUUAAACCAAAAAAGGCACAAGCUACACCUGUAUAUUGCGACUGGUAGAAAAAAUGUGCAUUUAGAAGGUGCAUGUCUUUUUUUUUUUUUUUAACCAAUCUUUGAAUGUGGCUACUGUGCUCCAGGGUCCCUAUCAAGUCUCUCAGCUGCUCAUUUUAUUUCCCGUUCUUAAUUCAAAAUUGCUUUGAUGGGGCUUUAAAGACAUUAAUGACCCCUUUUAAUGAUUUGCAACAUUAAUCCCUCUAAAGUGGAGAGCAGCUGAGAUACCAGCUAAAGUGCUGGAUAGAAUAGUGAAACACUUAGGUUGUGUUUACAAGCAGUAUAAAAUGGCUUUAAUACUUCACGUUUGAAGACACAUAUAUGUAUUUAUAAGAUAUUGUGUAUAUAUACAGGCAUACCUUCUGCAAAUUUAUUUUCCAGUUCUGUGUUUCCAAUGGCUUUUGCCGCUUGGCACAUCUGUCGAAGUAAUUCUUCUAGCCGCCUCAUACAGCGAAUUAUACUCCCUAGGUUUUUUUAAAAAAGGUUUUGGAUUUAAGUAGUCAAUUUUAUACCGUUGAGCAUCUUUUAAAAACAAAAUAAAUCCGCUAUACCUUCAAAUCACAGGACUACUGUUCCUCUACCAUAUUACAGUUUGCCCAAGGAAUAUACAAACCCACAUACUUCUAUGUCACCAUCUAAUUAUAUUUCUGGAAUCACUAUUUCAUAUUCAGGAUCCUUCCCUGCAGCUUACACUUCAGCUGUGGCACUUCACUUAGAUGUACUCAUUCUGCAAAGAGCUCUUAUCCAAGGGAAAGGGAGCAGGUGCUGUCCCUAUCCCUUCUUUACCUUGAGUCAACUGUUACCUGCCUUAAUUGAGCAGCAGUAAUCAGCUUACUGCAUCCUGGCCUUGAGUCCAGAAAAUGAGGAUAUUCAAAGCUAGCAUGGCACACCGUAAUAAAGACUAUUAGUGACUAGAGUCUGCAAAGAUGACUUAGUUAACAGAAUUAGUUCCCUGCAGCCCAUGCAGGCAUUUAAAAGGAUAGGCCCAGGCAAUGACGUGCUGGUGUCCUUGUUUGGCCUUUCCCACUGAACUGUGCUGCCGCAGGAAGGCAAUGAGGAAAGCCUGUUAGGUCAGGUUGUAGCCCGCUUCCCCACAGCAGACAGCGUAAACAGGAAGGAAGCUGUGCAGGUGCUGAAGAACUUUUGCUGCUUGGUAUCUAAGGUAAGUGAAGAAGGCAGUGGCAUGAAUUUUGCUCAGCCAGUGUUAGUUCAAAAUUUAAUUUGACCUUCAUAAGCUGGAUCCAGCAACUUGUUAAAAGCCACCUGGAGUCAAUUACGAAAAAGACAUAAGUCUGAGCCAAAAGAAGCUGGAGUUAUGUCCUCCAAAUAUAGGCCAUGCUGUACUCUGAGCAGGCAGUAGCUCUGGGGAGACACUGCUGCCCUCUGUUUGCAGUGUUCAUUAUAAAAACGGAAUCCAAGUAACACACACACACACACACACAGCACCUUUACUCCAAUGUUGAAGUCACUCCUCUUUGCAUGCUUAGUGGGGCACUGUAAACACUGCAAGUGUCUACAAACUGCAUCAGCUUUUGCAAAGUUAAAACCUUCUCCUUUGCAGUCUUCCUCCAGCAUGCUGCCCACAGCUACAUCCAUUGGAAGCUCAAUGAAAUAUGCUUUAAGCAUGGAAUUUAAAAGUGCCUUCCUUUCACCAAUGCUCCUCGCUGCUUCCAAAAGCAGUCUCCAAAGCAACUGUACAUCUGCCAUAGGAAUACAAGGACGUGCCAUUUACACACACUUAGCAAAAAUGGGUACAGCGGUGGUUUGGGGUUACGCUACCAUGGUCAGUGCCUUGUCUGCGUGUAAUAUAAUUUCUACUCUGGCAGCUGAAAUUGCUAGUGUGGGCAGCUUACAGAGUUCAAUUAUUCCACCCUGCCUCUUGCCCAGUGUCAAAAAAAAGCCAGCUGGAUGGUGAGCCAAGGAGCAGUAGAGAGUUCAUUUACUGGGCAAGACACCUAUUACUACCCACUUUUGGGGGGAAGGAUGGGACAGCCUUGAUACAGGAUUUGCAAAUGCAACUAUCAACUGAAUUGAUUCCCUGCUUCACUGCAACCAAUAAACUGUAAAUGAUGAAUGCAGA